GGCGGUGUAGGGGCCGGCGCACAGGAGGAGGAGAGUACGGGUAGCAGUAACAUAGGGAUGAGAGGGAGGCAGGAGCUGCUGCUGGAGACUGAGCACCAGGGGACAUUGCACGCAGCAUACAGAGGGGAGGAGGGAGAGCAUUAUAAAUAUUUAUAUACGCUAUAUAUCAUCGCUGUCGCGCCAAGGACAGGUGUCUGAUCCCACCCUGGGAGCACCCUCUCCAGUCUUCCCCAUCCCCGUUACAACGGUGCCGCUGCCAUUUGCAGGAGCAGCCUCAUUACAGCUGUGCACACUGCAAGAGACAUGAAGCCCUGCGAGAGAGUCGGGAGGCGGCAGCACAUAGUGGCUGGGGAUCAGCAGGAUGCGGCCGCGGGAGGGGAAGCCGUGGAGCCGCCUUGCUGUGUGGGACUGGCUGCAGAGGAUCUCUGGGAGGAGUGCAUGAGCACUGCCGUACAAUUAGCCCUCAGAUCCGGCCAGGUGGUCAGAAAAGCUCUCUUGGAGGAAAAGCGGGUGACCACUAAAACGUCUGUGGUGGACCUAGUGACUGAGACGGACAAUUAUGUGGAAGAGCUCAUCAUUUCUGCUCUGAGGGAAAAGUUUCCCUCUCACAGAUUUAUUGGUGAAGAAUCUACCUCAGCAGGUUCCAAAUGUGUUUUAACGGACAGCCCAACCUGGAUCAUUGACCCUAUAGAUGGAACCUGCAACUUUGUACACAGGUUUCCUCCGGUGGCAGUCAGCAUUGGAUUUGCUGUCAAUCGAGAGCUUGAAUUUGGUGUAAUAUACCACUGUACCGAUGACAAAAUGUACACUGGAAGAAGAGGACGGGGGGCAUUUUGUAACAAAGAAAGGCUUCAUGUAACAAAAGGAUCCGGUAUCAGGAACAGCUUAAUUUUAACUGAAAUUGGACCAAAACGUGAUCCAGCUACUUUAAAAUUGUUUUUGGGAAAUAUGGAGAGACUAUUAAAAUUCCAAGCUCAUGGGAUUAGAGUGAUUGGAAGUGCCACACUAGCCCUAUGUUAUAUAGCUUCAGGAGCUGCUGAUGCUUACUACCAAUACGGACUGCACUGCUGGGACCUGGCAGCAGCAACUGUAAUUAUCCGGGAAGCUGGAGGGUUUGUCAUAGACACGCUGGGUGGACCUUUGGACCUCAUGUCAUGCCGUGUGGUAGCUGCUGGUACAAUGGAACUGGCACAGGGCAUAGCUCAGGAGUUACAGACUAUUGACUACGGGAGAGAUGACUGAACAAUGUCACUUUAUAUGGAAAUUCCAACUAUUGCAGCAAACCUACACCCAAGUGGUGGUGGUGGACAUAACACAAUAAUGGCCUGCUCUGGUGUCUAAGUGUACAGACUUUCUCAAUAGCAUGCCAUUGUUUAAAGUAAAUGUGGUGUAAAUUUAGAAGUGUGAGUAAUAUAAAUGCUGAUUUCACAACUGUCCCGGAACUAUAAUCCAAAAUGUUUUGGGAAAUUAAACUUUAUUUUUUCACAGUCACAUUCUCAGGUUACUAAAACUUAGCAUUUCUGUAAUUAUUGAGUAUCAAUGUUAAGAUUGUUCUCUUCAUAAAAACCAUCCCAUUUUUA